ACUCCCCGACCCCCCCCCCUUCGCCCGAAGCUCGCCCAAUGCGCGUGGUGUCCGUGUCCGGGGAGACCUUGGCGGAGGUGGAUGCCGAGGCCUUGAGCAACUCUCCGCUGGCCAAGAACGGGUUUGGCGUAGCUGUGAAGGAAGAGCUGCAGGAUAAGAUCAAUGUUUCCACCUUCCGCUUGCGCCUCUUGCGGGACAAGGGCAUCCUUCCAGACCUUGGCACUUGGGAGGAGCUGGGCCGACCACAGGAGUUGCAGGUGGUGAUCUUGCCCUGCGGCCACGGCUCCGAAGAGCAGCUGCUGCAGGCGGCAGACAGAGGGGACCUGAACCUCAUGAAGCGCCUCCUGGCGGAGCCGGCGGACCCCAACUGCCGGGACCUCCAGGGCAAGUCCCCGCUGCUCAAGGCCAGCGCCAAGAACAACCUGAAGUUGGUGCAGCUGCUGUUGAAGGCCGCGGCGGACGUGGGUUUGAGGGACUUCAGCGGCAGCACGGCGCUGAUGACCGCGGCGGGCUUGGGCCACACCGAGGUGGUGCGGUGCCUGGUCUCCUCGGGCGCCUCGAAGGACGAGGCGGAUGGCAACGGGAAGACCCCGCUGCAGGUGGCCGCCGGGGAGGGUCACCUGGAGGUGGUCCGCUUCCUGUGCACCGCGGGCGCAGACAAGGAGGCCCUUGACGCGCGGGGCCGGGGGCCUUUGCAUCUGGCGGUUGACUCCGGGCGCAUGGACGUGGUACACUACUUGCUGGAUGCGGGGGCCAACAAGGACCAGCCGGACCACCAGGGCCGCACGCCGCUUCACGAGGCGGUGGUGGCGCCCCAGUUCUCCCUGGUGCGGCUGCUGAACGAGGCUGGGGUGGACAAGCACAAGGGUGACGAUAUGGGCCGCACCGCGCUGUAUGAGGCUGCCUGCGCUGGCAACAAGCAGGCGGUGGUGUACCUCAUCCAGCAGGGCGCCGAUGUGGAUGCUCGGGACCUCGAGGCGCGAACCUCCCUGCACAUGGCCAGUCAGAUCGGCUGUGUGGGGGUGGUGAGAUGCCUGCUGGACGCUGCGGCCAGUGCCGAGACCGUGGACCGCGAUGGCUGGACGCCUCUCCACGUGGCCUGCUGGUUCGGGAGGCUGGGCGUGGUGCGGCUGCUGUGCCACGUGGCGCGCCGGGACCGACAGGACAACCAGGGCCGCACCGCGCUCUUCCUGGCGGCCAGCAGCGGACAGGCGGACGUGGUGCGAUGCCUCAUUCAGAUGGGCGCCGACCGGAACCGCCCGGAGGCCAGCUGCGGGCGGUCCCCGCUCUUCGAGGCGGCACGGCUCAGGUGGGGCGCCGUGGUGGAGGCCUUGUGUCAAGCGAGGGCCAACAGCGACCAAGCAGACCAGCAGGGCAGGACGCCUCUACAUGUGGCCAUUUGGAACGGCUCCGUGCAUGUGGUGGAUGUGCUUCUACGCACAGGCGCCGACAAGAACAAGCCAGACUGGGACGGCAGGACCCCGCUAUAUCUGGCGGCCUUUAUGGGACAUUUGCCCAUCUCCCGCUUGCUCACAGAGUCUGGGGCCAACAAGAACAAGGCGGAUCCACAUGGGCGCGCGCCGCUGCACAUCGCCACGCGCGGGGGUCACUAUGCCGUGGUGAAGUACCUCAUCGAUGCAGGUGCCAAUCGGAACCAGGCGGAUCGGUACGGCAAGACGCCGUUGAUCGAGGCCAGCCGCUUGGGGCAUCUCGAGCUGGUUCGACUCUUUCUGCAGGUUGGCGUCGACAUGAACAAGGCCGACGGUUAUGGCAGGACGGCUGUGCAGCUGGCAACGGCGGCUGGACACCUGCGGGUGGCGCGUUGCUUGCUGGAGGAGAAGCAGCGCGACACUCCCACGGCGCCGACGUUCCAUACCUGGGUCUGAUCAGAUCGCACUUGUGCGAGUGGGUGGUAUUUUGCAGAAACCGGCCGUGGAAGUUCCACC